AUGUUUCAGACUUCAUCGGGUGAUAAUCGUCAGUCUUCUCAGAGUGAACAACGAGUUGAAGAAGCUAUCGGUAUUUUCAAGGAUGAUAAAGAAUUUGAAGAAUUCGACAAAGAAUCCUGGUCAGCUUCUGAGGAGGAGACCGCUGAUCUGUAUGUUUGGGAUGAUAAAUGGGAUUGUGAAGUUGAACUAGACGAUCAAUUCACUGAAUAUUUAAGACAAGAAUUAACUAAACUUGGCCAUAUACAGAACUCAACGAGCUGAUAUAUCUAGAAAAGACUUUCGUGUAAUUUAUCAUAUGUGUAACAUAUUUUUUGUUACAAUUGUUAAUGUUUCAACUGAGAGUGUACAUGUGAAUUGAUAAUAAUCUUCCCUCUUCUACCCAAUAAAAGCAUGUACCGUUUCUUAAUCGACACUUUAAAAAAAAUUAUUUUUGAAUGCAUUAAUACACUAAAGCAUUCUGUAUACGAGAAAAUGUCUGUAGAUUAUCCUUCAUUUGUAGAUCACUAAUCCCGAAAUAUAUUUUGCCUUCUAAACGAUCA